AUUAAUGAAUGAGUAUAAAACUUUAUCCAUUUACUUAUAAUCUUUGAGAUUUCAAACCUGAAUAAUUAUUUUAUAUUUUUACAGAUCGAUUGAAGACCGCUUGUGGGAUCACGUGGGUUCACUGAUCGCUGCUCAACGUUCUUUUUUGAAUUUCAGAGACGAGAGAAGAGUUUGAAAGCUCAACGAAUGGCAUUGGAAAUAGCCGUCGCUCACAACGGAGCCGAUAAAGUGGAGGAGGAUGAGGAUGUCACGCUAAAUGAGGUAAAAAAUCAACUAAAUCACAAAAUGGGCAAACUGAACGGCGUCGAGUCUACUGCAACGAACGGACAUUCGGACAUGUCGCAGGACGUCGAUUCACAAACGCGAGGAAUGCGAUCUAAAAAGAGAGGCAAUCAAGCUAAAUCGACGCCCACCAAGUCGAAGAAGAAAGCCAGCAAACUGGUCGAAAAUGCAAUCACCGAUGACGACAAGUCGGAAAACUCUUCAAGUAUAUUCAGCAAAGACACAGAAGAUGACAGUAACAUUGUGGUCGACUAUGACGCUUCGUCCGAGUUAGUUGACAUCAGUCUCACAUACACUCCUGAUCCGGAGGACGAAGAGAUCAUCGAUGUGGAAGAAUUGGAGGAGGCUGUGAAAAAUGAAGACGAGAAGAAAGUUGAAGAAGAGGAGAAAACAGCAUCAGUUCCUGAAGCAACCAUCCUGUCCACGUUGCGUGAGAGGAUCCGAUUCAGUUUGUCUCCGAAAAAACGAGAGGCGGAGGUUAAAGAAUCACCCGCAGAACCUGACAGCAGCUCUAGAUUCAAAGAUAUUUCGGGACGUAGGCCGCUGCGUAGUCCCAACGCCGAACAAGCCAGUCGGUCGGUGUUCAAGCAAGCUGAGACGCUUGCAGAAUCGUCGGACGCCUGUCUGAAGCGAAAGGCCGACCAGGAUUCGACCAGCUAUUCGUUCCAUAACAAGAAACCGCGCCAGGAGUCGACCGGCUGGAACUUCCAUCCGUUCAAGUGGUUCGCAUUGAAGAAGAGUCAGGUCGCCGAAUGCAGUCCCAUUUCACCUUCUCCCCGCAAGCUGCAUGACGAGAUUGAGGAGGAGAUGGUUGUCGAUGAGGAGGCUGUUGCUGCAGUCGAACAAGAACACGAAGCUGCCGAGAACGAGAAGAAACCUGUAGACGAGAGUACAGACAAACAACUGCCUGAAAAGAUUGUUGCCGACGCCGAUAAAGCAACAAAUAUCGAGCCCACUCUGAAGGAUGAUUCAGUGGCUUCGUCCAAGUCAGGAAAAAAUUGGUCGUGCUCUGUCAUGUAAACAGCAAUCAUACGUAUUUUAGCCCAUUUUUAUUUUUUGUUCUAUCUCUUUAUUGUUUUUAUACAUAGGCUGAGACUCACUCAUCUGUGUAUAUAAUGUGUGAUUACAGAAGUAUGUAAUGUAUGUGUAGCAUAAUAAUGUUUUCUAACUUAUGAAAUGUCAAUAACUAAAAGGUUUUAUUAACCUUGAAUUUUAUUAGCUUGUUGGAUUCAAUCGUCUCUUUUGGUCAAGACAAAAGUGUCGAAGUUUUUGGCAUGUUACUGUCACGCACACUCAUUAGUGUGUCUCAACUUCAUGAAAGUGCAAUUUGUGGCAUUUCCCACAUACAUUGUGGGAAUACAAUGUUUGCUUUGCCAUCCAAACAUUUACAAGUGUUCUAAUCCAUUUUUUUAUGGUAUGUCUCAACUUCAUGAAAGUGCAAUUGGUGGCAUUUCCCACAUACAUUGUGGGAAUACAAUGUUUGCUUUGCCAUCCAAACAUUUACAAGUGUUCUAAUCCAUUUUUUUAUGGUAUGUCUCAACUUCAUGUAAGUGCAAUUUGUGGCAUGAUUACAUAUUAUAAUUUGGCCACAUACAUCUCAUGAAUUGUUGUUAAUUUUGCCGAUUGGCGAAAGCUCUCAACUUUUCUGACUAAAUCAAUUUUUAAUGUAGUUUUUAGCAUGUUUCAAGAAACUGAGUAUAUACUACUUAGCAUCUCCUUAGGUGAAAUUUAAGCACUUUACAUGACAUUCAAAUUUCAGUAGGCCUAGUGUAUUAUAGAUUAUAUUUUAAUAAUCUAAAAGACUUUCAUCUACUUUGAUGAAAUUUCGUUAUUCUCAUUUAUGUUUAAAAUUUUACAUUUUGAAAAUGAGUAAACCUUUUGUAGUAUAUAUAGAAUUGAAAAGUAUAAUUCAUGAAAUUAUAAAUUGAGUUUUUGCUGUUCAAUAACGUACCUUCCAAUUUCGUAUACUUGAGAUUGUAAAAAUUCAGUUAGAGCAUAUUCUCAUUGUUCUAUUUAGUUGACCAAUUGUUUUUUUUUAGUAACUAAGAUUAUUAUUUCUCACUUGAUCUUGGAUUAUCUCCUUUGCCAAAGGUUUUUUAAGUUUUUAUUAUAUUAUAUUUGUUGUUGAUAGUAUUAUUUCAAAUUUCUAUCUGGAAAGUCAUCUUUAGCUGGAAUUGAGUUGUUGAUAGUGUGUAUAUUAUUAUUUCCAAGUUCUGGACUUGCUCAAGUUCGUACUUUUAAUAAUUUGGAAUGUUAUUCUACUUAGAAAGAGACUUAUUAUCAUAUAAAGAUACAAUUAUGUAUCUUAUUUAUUACUAUAGUAAAAUGGAAUCGUACUUUCAGAAAG